CAUCAGUCUACAGCACAUGAAUCUUUACAACUGGUUAUAAAUCCUUGUCAUGUUUUGGUAACAAUUACAGAUAUAUGUGACAAGAUAGUGGAGAGCUUGUGCAGCAAACGUAAGAACCAACUUCUGCUGCGCUCUCUCUCUGCUGGAGAAUCUUCCUUUCUUGAGAGUGAUAACACUAAUGAUGAACUGGAUUUAAGGAUACCAAGUGUUCUUCAAAGUACAGGGCACUGUUAUGAAGGUGGCUUUUGGGCUGACUCUGCAAAGCAUAACCUGUCAGAUGGGAAAAGGCAUGUUGCCAUUGUUACAACUGCUAGCCUUCCUUGGAUGACUGGAACAGCUGUAAAUCCACUGUUUCGGGCAGCAUAUUUAGCAAGCUAUGCAAAACAGAAUGUUACCUUGUUGGUUCCGUGGCUUUGUAAGAAAGACCAAGAACUAGUUUAUCCCAACAGUCUCACUUUUAGUUCACCAGAAGAGCAGGAGGUUUACAUUCGUAACUGGCUUGAGGAAAGGGUUGGUUUUAAGGCUGAUUUCAAGAUCUCCUUUUAUCCAGGAAAGUUUUCAAAAUCUAGGCGGAGUAUUAUACCUGCUGGAGAUACUUCUCAGUUUAUUCCAUCAAGGGAUGCUGAUAUUGCAAUCCUGGAAGAACCAGAACAUCUAAACUGGUACCAUCAUGGAAAGCGUUGGACUGAUAAAUUUAAUCAUGUGGUUGGUGUUGUUCACACAAAUUACUUAGAAUAUAUCAAGAGAGAGAAGAACGGGGCACUCCAAGCUUUCUUUGUGAAACACAUAAAUAAUUGGGUUGCAAGAGCAUACUGCCACAAGGUUCUUCGCCUUUCUGCUGCUACCCAGGACUUUCCCAAGUCUGUAAUUUGCAAUGUUCACGGUGUGAACCCCAAGUUUCUGAAAAUUGGAGAGAAACUGGCAGAAGAAAGGGAACUUGGGCAGCGGGCCUUCUCAAAGGGCGCAUAUUUCUUGGGUAAGAUGGUCUGGGCAAAGGGAUACAGGGAGUUGAUAGAUUUGUUAUCAAAACACAAGAAUGACCUUGAUGGCUUUAACUUGGAUGUGUUUGGGAAUGGAGAGGAUGCACAUGAAGUUCAGACUGCCGCUAAAAGGUUGCAUCUGAAUCUCAAUUUUAUGAAAGGGAGAGACCAUGCAGAUGAUUCACUUCAUGGUUACAAAGUCUUCAUAAAUCCCAGUGUCAGCGAUGUGCUCUGCACAGCUACAGCUGAGGCCCUUGCUAUGGGUAAGUUUGUAAUAUGUGCAGACCACCCAUCCAAUGAGUUCUUUAGUUCAUAUCCCAAUUGUUUGACUUACAAGACAUCUGACGAUUUUGUUGCUAAAGUGAAAGAAGCAUUGGCUAAUGAGCCACAGCCUCUUACUCCUGAGCAAAGAUAUAACUUAUCUUGGGAGGCCGCCACCCAGAGAUUUAUGGAGUAUUCUGAUCUUGACAGAGUCUUGAAUAAUAAGGAUGAUGCACAAUUGAGCAAAAGUUAUGGGAAGUUGAUCACGAGAUCAGUUUCGAUGCCUACCCUCUCGGGGAUGGUUGAUGGAGGGUUGGCAUUUGCCCACUACUGUCUUACUGGGAAUGAGCUCCUUAGGCUGUGUACUGGGGCAAUACCUGGGACACGAGACUAUGACAAACAACACUGUAGAGAUUUACAUCUCUUGCCUCCUCAGGUAGAAAAUCCAAUAUAUGGCUGGUAAAUAGGUUAUAAUCAACCUGUAACGACCAUUCUGUAUAGUAAUUGACCGUGCUUGUUAGUUCAAGGGUUUCUUUGUUUUCCUCAUUAAUGAUAAUUUUCUUUCGUAGCA